AUAAUGGCGUAAAUGAAAAACAAGCUAAGUACUCGUUCCUUCACAAAUCGGAAUCCACAGCCAAGCCAAGUUUCUGGAAGACCAAAACAAAAUCGAUUCAAGGCCAUGGCUGACGAUGCCGCGAGCAACAGCACAAACCUACACAUCGUCCUGGUGCACGGUGCCUGCCACGGAGCCUGGUCGUGGCACAAGCUCACCACCCUGCUCCGCUCAGCUGGCCACCGCGUCGCUGCGCUCGACCUUGCCGCCUCUGGCAUCGAUGAGCGCCGCUUCGUUGACAUCCGAAGCUUCACAGACUACAACCGGCCGCUGCUUGACUUCCUCGAGUCACUUCCAUCGGGCGAGCGCGCUGUCCUCGUCGGUCACAGCCUCGGCGGCAUCAAUAUAUCCUUCGCCAUGGACAAGUUCCCUGCCAAAGUCGCCGUUGGAGUCUUCAUCACCGCCUUCAUGCCCGAUUCCGACCAUCCCCCUGGUCACGUUUAUAAAAGGCAUAAUUUGGAUGAUCCAAGCAAUCCAUUUUGGUUGGAUACUCAAUUCGGAUCUGUUAGGAACGAGGAGAAUGGUCCUGUCUCCAUGCUAUUUGGACCGAAUAUGAUGGCCAACUUCUACGAUCACUCUCCGGUGCAGGACUUGACUUUGGCCAUGACGCUUCUGAGGCCUAUUUCCAUGUUCGCCGAUGAGUUGUUGGCAUCACCGCCGUUAUCUAAGUCGGGAUAUGCGUCGACGGCGAAGGUGUACAUCAAAUGCGAGAAAGACAUUGGGCUAUUGGCGACUUACCAACAGUGGAUGAUCGAGAAUAAUCCGGUGAAUGAGGUGAAGGUGAUUGAGGAGGCGGACCACAUGCCCAUGUUGUCGACGCCGGAGGAACUGAGCCGGAUCAUCUCGGAGAUCGUCAAGACCUAUGCUUAGUUAAAGAAUCUAAGAAGAUUAAGUAGUUGAGAAUUGAGAUAUCAAGAGGAUGCAAUCUAGGAAAUAUAAGCCAUUAUUAUUAUUUGAAAUUUAAGAUCAGCAGUUUGUUAAAUGAAAGUUUGUUAAUAUUAUCGAACGAAAUGUAAGGCAGCAAGAAAACUUACUUAUAUAUUUAGAUUUUUGUAAUACUCUUUUGAUUAGAUACAACUAAACACCAAGUCUUCUUGAA